AUGGGCACAGUCACCGUUAGGGCCAUUUUUGCAAAGAUGACGGAGCACAUACCCAUCGAUAUGGUUGCAAAGUUGUCAGCAAAUAAAAUUAAAAUGGUGAACAUGGGCUUGUAUUAUGCAGAUGCAGCAGAUCUAAUAAAUGCGGCUGACAAUGCAAUCAUAUGUGAGAUAGAGCAGUUAAUGCUAAACGAUGAACAGGGUCCUUGCAAUGUGAUGGUUUUGAGUGGUGACCAUAUAUUUCAUCAACCACUCAAGACACUUAAGGAGCAAGGCUACAGGACCUUAGCUGCCUUCAGGACAAACAUAAUGUCUGACGAGACUGAGCUCAAUGCCCAAGUUUGGGACUCAGAGUUUUUAGACCUCUUCUGGAUCUUCCUUGGAAGGUUGGGAAAAAGCCCAAUAAGGAGUUGA